AUGCUACCAAGAAUUGUGAUAAACUCAACAACGAAUCAUCAGACAAUUACUUUGCCAUUCAGAAAAAUUCCCUUCCUAAACAAGUAUAUUGCAUCUGAAACAUUGAAUGGUAAUAGUGGAAACUCUAAAAAGUGGAUGAAAGUCUUGCAUUUGGAUUGGAUGAACAAAUUUUCAAAAGAUCACCUUAAAUGGAGUGCCAAACGAGUUGUUCUGGAACAAUUUACUUAUUCAGUAUUGGUUACGUUCAUGUUCUUUGUUGCCACGAGUGCAUUGGAUUUAUUAUUUGAUGAUUUUGAGAAGGAACAAGAGGAGGGAAAGGCAUUCCAUCAAAAAUUUGACAAUUUUCCCAAAGAAUUAAGGGAACGAAUUGAGAAUGAAUUUAGAGAUGUGCAUCAGAAUGGAAUGAAAUAUGUUCCAGUUGCAAAUUUUAUUAAUUUCUUGGUGGUUCCUCCAUUGUAUAGAGGAUUAUAUUUCAAUUUGGUUGGAGUGUUUUGGAAUGUAUCUCAGUGGGCUAAGGAACAUUAUAGAAUUGCAAUGAAGAGUUUCAAUGGAGACACUAUUGGAGAGGAAGCAGAUAAUUCUCUGUUGGUGGCAGAUUUGAAACAACCACAAGAUGAAUCAAAUUUAAAGAAUGAAGAUUAA